ACACGAGCCGAGCCUCAAAGCUUAGGCCGAACUCCAUGGACCCGGCUUGACCCCGACUCUCAUAUUAAUUGAGCUCCAGGGAAAAGAAGGAAAAGGAAAGAGGGGAAGCGGAGCUCCCGGUCAUGGCGAAUUCCGACCCUGAUAAGCUUAUGAUCAAAGCCGAUAAACUAACAAAACUCAGUUUUACCAGAUGGAGUGCAGAUUGGAGGACUGCAACCUCAUUGUAUGAGCAAGCUGCUAUUGGCUACAGGUUCAGGAAAGACAAUGAGAAAGCAAAAGAAGCAUUUGAGAAGGCUUCCAAAGGACAAGAAAUGAUUUCAUCGCCUUGGGAUGCUGCCAAGCAUAUGGAGUCUGCUGCUGCUCUAGCAAAGGAACUUGGUCGUUGGAAUGAAGUUUCUGAUCAUUACAGAAGGGCGUCUGAAUUAUAUAUUGAAUGUGGAAGAUCACAGCCUGCUUCAGACGGUCUUGCAAAGGCUGCUAGGGCUUUGGAAGAUGUGGCACCUGAUGAAGCUGUUCGGUUGUAUACUGAUGCUUGUGUAGUCUUGGAAGAGGAUGGAAAGGAGCAAAUGGCUUUUGAUUUAUAUCGUGCUGCCACAAGUAUUCAUGUUAAACUUGAAAGGUAUACCGAUGCUGCAACAUUUCUCUUAAAAUGGGGUGUAGCUGCUGAUAAGUGCAAUGCCAUCAACAGUCAGUGCAAGGUGCUACUUGUGCGAUAUAACUCCAGGGACUACAUUCAUUUGCAAGAAUGCAGUUAUAAAUAGUUACUUUUGACAAAC